CGAGAGAGAGAGAGAGAGAGAGAGAGUAAAGAAAAGGCGUUUCCAUCAACGAACCGGCAAAACUGUGUAUCCAGACAACCGGACGGACGGAUAGAACUUGCCUGGAACAAAAACAAAGCACUUAUCCACACUAGCCAAUAGAAUUUCGCCAUAACAAUUGCUUUUGUAAACGCUUUUAUAUGUUAAUAAAAUCCAUCACUAGACGGCGUCCCAGAGCUGACAACAUCCUAAACCAACUAGCCUACAUUCUGGAUAGAGGAGCUGACUGAAGAAGCCGAUUUUGCAGCGAGAUUGUGCGUCAAUCGAAUACAAAUCACAUUUUGAUAACUGGUAGAGAAGUGAACACUAUCUCACCCACAGAACAGGGCAUCUCUCUUCGCGGACUCAUAGCCUACACAACGCCCGGGACCAUGUCGGAGUACAGCUCUCUGCUCAGUGACCUGUCUGAGAACAUCACCAACGAGGACUUGGACCAACUCAAGUCAGCCUGCAAGGAGGACAUCACAGAGGACCAGAGCAACACAAUCACCUCCUCCAAGGAGUGGUUCAACUACCUGGAGAAAAACGAAAAGCUGGCACAGGAUAACCUGUCGUACAUCGAGCACAUCUUUGAGAUCUCCCGACGACCAGACCUGCUGACCCGGGUCAUUGAGUAUCGCACCACCGUACUCAAGAUCUCUGAGGACGACGAGAUCGACACCAAGCUCACACGCAUCCCCUCUGCCAAGAAAUACAAAGAUAUCAUUCGCCAACCCUCCGAAGACGAGAUCAUCAAGUUGGCCCCUCCCCCUAAAAAAGUGUGAGGUCAUCACCCCUGACCUUUGCACUUUGGCCCCUGGCACUCCAACCAUCUCGACCCCCCUCACCCCCGUUCCACUAACAGACACCACAUGACACAGAGACUAGCAGCCCCUCUCCAAUUAACCAAUCAGAUCGCCACGAUGCUUCGCUGCCACGUCUGCCGCGAUCGCCUCUUCCCUGACUGAAGGAGGAGAAGACGAGCUCAAGAUGAGAGAAAGAUGGAGAGAACAAAAAAGAGAAAGAAAGAUAGACAGAGCCAAAGCUAAAAUCCUAUCCCUCUUUGUUAAAAGAAGUGUGGUUUAGUUUGUGUUCCUGUAACACUGUUUUGAGAAAACGUGUGUACGUGUGUGUGUGUGUGUGCGUGCGUGCGUGAGUGAGUGAGUGAGUGAGUGAGUGAGUGAGUGAGAGAGUGAGAGAGUGAGAGAGUGAGUGAGUGAGUGAGUGAGUGAGUGAGUGAGUGAGUGAGUGAGUGAGUGAGUGAACCGUUCCAGUUCGACCUAGAUGUUGCCGGAAAAGCACCAUUAUAUCAGAUCCAGUAGUUACAUCUCCUGUGUUGGGUCAUUAGGAUGAACCUGUUGUCAUUAGUUACAUACUGUAGAUGUGCAACCAUAUUAUUCAGUCAAUCUUGCAGUGCACUUGAAUUGCUAUAUUACUAAGGGGCAAAUCCUAACUUCAGUCCAAUGUUCACUUAGUCAUGCAUUGGGAUACUAAGUGAAAAUGUGACUUAACUUAGCAUUAUGCAUUAUGCAUUGCUUUAUCAGAGUUGAGCAAGAAGACACCUAUAAUACAGGUGUCAUAUUCCCUUUAUUCAAAACUCGGAUGACAUCAGAUCAUUGGAUUUUUAAAAGUAUUUUGUUAGAUAGUCUUUAAAAAAAAAGCCAAUAUUUGCCUUUAGACCAGCCAUAGCAUGGAAUUAUCGAAGAAGAAAAUGUUAUGAUAUUAAGUUUAAUGUAUUCGAUAAUUCAACGUUAAUCAAAUGUUAUCGCUUAAACAGUCACACUUAUUUACCCUCA